AUGAUGGUGAGCCCAGAGGACGAGCGCUGCGAUAGCGGCCGCAAAUGGAGCUUGACGCCGCUCAUCCACAAGGCCGAGCGCCAUCAUCGACGUGUGCCCGGAAUUCGGAAGAUUCCUCUGCGCGCCAUUGGCAUCAUUCUCUUGGUCGCUUUGAUCAAUAUCAUCGUCUGGAUUGCUGCCGCUAUUGUUCUGCGCUACCAUACGAAAUUGGUCUCCACCGCAGUCCUCGCAUAUACUCUUGGUCUUCGACACGCCUUUGAUGCAGACCAUAUCUCGGCGAUCGACUUGAUGACUCGAAGACUGCUUGCGACUGGACAGAAGCCGGUCACAGUGGGCACGUUUUUCUCGCUCGGUCACUCCACGAUCGUUAUCAUUACUUCAAUUGUGGUCGCAGCCACAGCGGCCGCCGUUUCCUCCAAAUUUGACAGCUUCAGCAGGAUAGGCGGCAUUAUUGGAAGUUCCGUCAGUGCCGCAUUUCUGAUCUUGCUCGGGAUUAUGAAUGCCUAUAUUCUCUAUAAAUUAAUCAAGCAGAUGAAAAAGGUCUUUGCCUUGCCCGACGGUCAGGAGGAUGAGGCUUGGAAAAUUGAAGGCGGCGGCAUUCUCUUUGCCGUAUUGAAGAAGAUGUUUAAAUUAAUUGAUCGACCGUGGAAGAUGUAUCCACUCGGCAUCUUGUUCGGGCUCGGGUUUGAUACCUCAUCCGAGAUUGCGCUGCUUGGCAUCUCCUCGGUCGAGGCUACCAAAGGCACAUCCUUUUGGGUGAUUUUGAUUCUCCCGGCCCUGUUCACAGCGGGCAUGUGUCUGUUGGACACCAUCGAUGGCGCCCUCAUGUUCUCGCUCUAUAUUCAACCUUCGGCGAACUUCUUACCUGCCAAACAGAGCGAUUCCAUCUCAGACGUCUCUACCGAUAUUGAUGGGGAUGAGCUGCCGCAGUCUCGGAACAACCACCGCGAUCCUGUCGCAUUCUUGUAUUAUUCUAUCGUCCUCACCACGCUCACCGUCAUCGUGGCCAUAAUUAUUGGAGUCAUUCAGCUCCUGACUAUGAUCUUGAAUGUGACAAAUGCAGAGGGCAAAUUCUGGGAUGGUGUACAGACCGCUGGCGACUACUACGACGUGAUCGGUGGAUCAAUUUGUGGUUGCUUCAUCAUAUUUGGUGGGGUGAGCGUCGUUCUUUACAAGCCGUGGAGACGAUGGAUGGCACGCCGCCACAAGAAACCAAUCGUCCAGGACCAGGUGGAGAGUCCCGAUGUGCUCGCAGACAGUGAGGUGGAUGGAUACUUUGUUCACGAGACUGGAGGUCGUGGCAGGCAAUCAUUACAUGAGACCAACGGUAAGGGUGCGGCAGCACAAGUAGCUGUCAAGGAAACCAACCAACACCGUGAUGGGGAUGACAUAGUCUGA